UCUUGGUGUAGGGGUCAAGGCUCAACCACAGAGCCACACCGGCGGGUAAGACAGAUCAUCCAGUAAACCGCAAGAUCCCCUCUUCCCAAGGACAGGAAGAGUGAAUGGUUUGUACUCAAAACAGAAACCAGUUACUGCCGCUGGUAUUACUGCCGGUCAUGCCAGCCACACCCAAGGGUGGAUGGAGUCAGGGGAGUAAACUUCCUUUUAAAUCAGCAUAAAGCUGAUGCAUGUUUACUAAGACCCUCCCCAGGACCUCCCUUAAAAUCGCUCCUUCAGAGGACGGAUAAGAGCCCUGGAGACGAGGGCCAGCACGGGUCUCGGGAGCACACCCAGCCCUCCGUCCCUCACAGGCCUGCCUCGUGGCCUGGCUCCUAGCUCGGAGGGUCCCGUGAAGCUUGCGGCCAGGGGCAGUGGGCAGUGACCGUUUGUCCCUGGUGCACCCCUGACCCGGUCUCCAAGGCCUCCCUUUCGUCUGACUUCCCAGUGAACCGACAGCAGCCCGCCUGGGCCCACUCCGUCACCGUGACCGUCUUCUCGGCGAGCCCACGCAGCCCGUGUGGCCCCUUUGUCCCGUGAUGUUCUGGGGAGCCAAAGCAGCCCCUCCCAGGCUCUCCUGCCGCUCCUUCUACUCUCAGCCCUCCCUGGCGUCACUGUCGCCGCUCCAAUAAACGUACUGUCACAGUCACCUGACUUGUGUUGUGAAAUCCUUCCUGCAUGAAGUCAAGAACCCAUUCACCACCGGAGGCCCGGGCGGGCUCGAGGCAGACCCUCUCCAGCCUGCUCCCUGUCCCCCCUGCCACCCCGAGUGUGGCCCUCCCAGGCCCAGGAGGCGGGGGCCCAGAGUGCUGGUGGUCUGAGGCCCCUCCGUCUCUUCCAGUCUGGGGAACUCCUCGAGGCCGGGACAUUUUGAGGAGCAGGGCUGGUCACUGUGGACUCUCUGUUGUUUUCUGAAGAUUGGGUUCAGGGUUUGUAUUUUGGGGACCACAGGAGAGGGGCUGUGCCCCCCGGUGCACCUGGGCUCAGCCUGUCCACCAAUCCUGACGCCAGUGACGUGAGCCCUGACGCCUGGCUCGGGAGAUCCCAACGUUUCUCCACCUCAAGUCACUGUCUGCCUUCGGAACCAGUCGGCGUCCCGGGGAGAUGCUUUGAGACAAGGAGUGACAGCCCAGAGGACCAGCAGAGCCCGUGAGCCUUGAAUGUCACCUCGCAGGGCCAGGCCAGCGUUGGAGAUGGUGUCCCCGGGGUCUGGCCCGUUGCCCGCCGGCCCCGCGGCCCCCAAGGAGCCAGCCCUGGCCAGGCUGUGUGCCCAGGUGGACCUGUGUCUGGGCUGCUCCCGCUGCGCCCAGCGCCUCAACGAGAGCACCUACCUCCUGCACCCCGUGGAGCACAGCUGUCCCCGCGAGAUCCUGCUGGCCCGCUUCAAGCACGCCACCCAGAGCAGCAUCUGGCGCAAGGUGAACCAACGGCCCAGCUUCCCGCGGCCCGCGCGGUAUGAGGUCUGCCGCUACUACAGCCCCGGGCAGGGCUGCCGGCGGCACCGGAACCAGUGCACCUUUGCCCGAAGCCCCGAGGAGGCGCUGGUCUGGACCUUCGAGCGGGAGCACAGCGUCCACCGUCUGUGGCUGAAGGCCGCAGUGGAAGGUGGCGGGGCCCAGGGCAAGCUGCGCAACCUGGCGGACACCAUCCGAGAGGACUUUGGUGGCCACUUCCAGCUGCUCUGCAGCCGCUGCUUCCGGCUCUGCCCCCCACGCCUCAGCCGCCUGGGUCCCCAGAGACGCUGCCACACACAUGGAGCCGGCCCCUCGAUUCUUGCCCACGUGAGCUCUGAGGGCCGCCACCAGAAGCAGGUGGUGGAGGUGCGGCCACAGCCCCAGUACCGCCGGCCGCUGACCUACUGCAUGUUCGUGGAGCGAGGACGGCCGUGCCGGCAUGGGGCGGCCCGCUGCCAGUACGCCCACAGCGCCGUGGAGAUGGCCGUGUGGAAGGCGGAGCAACAGGGGGGGCUCCAGAGGGCAGACCUGCUCACAUGCCCCGCCCCCAGGGGCAGCAGGCAACUGGCCGCCGACAGCCAGCCCCCCGCCCCCCAGCUGUACUGCCACGCCUGUCUGGUCACCUGCGGCUCCCAGGAGGCCUUCGAGAACCACUGCUCCUCCCCGGAGCACGUGCAGAUGGUGGCCCAGGGCCAGGCCGUGGCCUGGGUCCACCGAAGCCCGCCCACUGGGCUCUCCGCCUUUGAGCUCUGCCCCAGGCCCGCCCUCUGUGAGUACGGGAACAGCUGCACCAAGGCCCACUCGGAGCAGGAGCUGCAGGAGUGGACACAGCGGGUGCAGACGGCACAGCUCCGGGAGCAGGCGGCCUGGCAGGAGGGGCUGGUGCCGUACCGGGAGCGGCUGCUGGCCGAGUACCAGCGCAGCAGCAGCGAGGUCCUGGUGCUGGCCGAGACGAUCGAUGGCGUGUCUGUCGCCUGCGACCAGCCCCUGGUGCAUCGGGCCCAGGAGAAGAAAAUCCAGCACAGCUGGACAUUUGUCGUCCACUCUGAGGAGCCCCUGCAGCACGUGGCCCUGCUCAAGCAGGAGCCUGGAGCAGACUUCUCGCUAGUGGCUGCCCGCCUGCCCCUGGACCAGGUGUACGCCCAGGGGGAGCGCUUCCGCACGCCCGACUGCCCCUCCGAGUUCCAGGUGGGGGUGCGUGUGCAGAGCGCCUCCUUCGGCACCUUCGAGCAGUGGGUGGUCUUUGACUUUGGCCGCCGGCCAGCCCUGCUGCAGAGGCUGGUGCUGCAGCUGGGCCAGGAGCACCGCCCAGGGGGGCUGCUAGCGCCCGGCCACCCCGAGGAGCUGGAGCGCUGGAACACGGGCAACCGCCAUGUGGUCCCUGGCGUGGAGCGCACAGCGGAGCAGGCCGCCCUGAUGGCCAAGUACAAAGUGCCCGCCCUGGCCCUGGAGUUCAGCCGCGGCAGCCCGGCCCCGGGGCCCCUGUCCUGCACCAACUACCGGCAGAGGAUGCACCAGUUUCUCUAUGAGGAGGAGGCUGCUCAGCAGCAGCUGGUGGCCAAGCUGAACCUCCGUGCACCAGUGUCCCUGAAGACCUCCCUGCAGACGCCAGCCCUGGGCAUGCUCUUCCCGCCCCCGGGAGCCCUCUAUGCCGAGGUCCCCAUCCCCUCCUCCCUGGCACCAGACACCGAUCAGGGCUUUCUCCUGAGCCGGGCAGUCAGCACGGCGCUCCUGGCUCCCGUGCCCGCACCUGACCGCAGGGUGUUCGAGGUGCGGCUGGAGACCCGGGCCAGCUCCGAGCAGGCGAGGUGGCUGCUGCUCCCGGCUCACUGCUGCGAGGCCCUGGGGCUGCAGCCCGAGACCAGCCCCCUGCUGGAGGUGCAGUUCCAGGUCGACCUGCUGACCUUCCGCCUCUGGCACGAGGCCGUGGACGCUCUGCCCGAGGAGCGCCUGGUGGUGCCCGACCUGCAGGCCUGCGCCCUGCCCUGCCGGCGGCCCAGUCCUCCCGCGCUGCACGGCAACCGCAAGCAGAAGCUGGCCGUGGAGCUCAUCGUGAGCGGGGGCCCCGGCGGCCAGCCCGUCGCCCCCCUGCUCAUCUACGGCCCCUUCGGCACAGGCAAGACCUACACACUGGCCCUGGCCUCCCUGGAGGUGAUUCGUCAGCCCCACACCAAAGUGCUCAUCUGCACACACACCAACAGCGCGGCCGACAUCUACAUCCAGGAGCAUUUCCACGGCCACGUGACCAGUGGCCACCCAGAGGCCACGCCGCUGCGGGUGAUGUACACGGACCGGCCGCCCAGCCAGACGGACGCGGCCACGCUGCAGUACUGCUGCCUGACCAAGGACCGCCGGGCCUUCCGCCCGCCCACGCGCGCCGAGCUGGAACAGCACCGCAUCGUGGUGGCCACCACCUCGCAGGCCCGCGAGCUGCAGGUGCCCGCCGGCUUCUUCUCGCACAUCCUCAUCGACGAAGCCGCCCAGAUGCUGGAGUGCGAGGCCCUCACCCCGCUGCGCUACGCCCUGCCCAGCACCCGCGUGGUUCUGGCGGGGGACCACAUGCAGGUCACGCCCCGGCUCUUCAGCGUGGACCGGGCGCAGGCGGCCGGCCACACCCUGCUGCACCGGCUGUUUCGGCUCUACCAGCAGCAGACGCACGAGGAGGCCCAGCACAGCCGCCUCAUCUUCCACGAGAACUACCGCUCCACGGAGGCCAUCAUCGACUUCGUCUCCCGGCACUUCUACGUGGCCAAGGGCAACCCCAUCGUCGCCCGCGGCAAGGUCCCGCGCCACCCCCGGCGCUACCCGCUCAUGUUCUGCCACGUGGCAGGCAACCCCGAGCGCGACCUGUCCCUGAUGUCCUGGCUCAACACGGCCGAGGUCGUCCAGGUGGUUGAGCAGGUGCAGGAGCUCUGUGACACCUGGCCGCAGUGCUGGGGCAGCUGCGAGCAGAGACACAUCUGUGUGGUGUCCCACGGCGCCCAGGUGAGUGUGCUGAGGCAGGAGCUGAGGAGGAGGGACCUGGGCCAGGUGUCCGUGGGCAGCUUUGAGAUCCUGCCAGGCCGGGAGUUCCGGGUGGUGGUGCUGAGCACCAUCCACAACCACCAGAGCCUGCAGAGCCCGGGCGCCCCGCCCCUGGAGUUCUUCACGGACGCCCGCGUGCUCAACACCAUCAUGACCCGCGCCCAGUCGCAGGUGGUGGCUGUGGGGGACGCCGUGGCCCUCUGCUCCUUCGGGGCCUGCAGCAAGCUGUGGAAGAGCUUCAUCCGCCAGUGCGUGGAGCACCGCAGCGUCUGCCCCGAGGGCCUGUCCCUGGAGCACAUCGAGCAGGCUGUGGUCCAGCGGCAGCGCUGGGCCCGCUACCAGCAGCCCACGGCCCCCCCGGCAGAGAGAUCGGUGGCAGCGGUGGCCGGGGGCACCGUCCCAGAGGAGGGGGCCGCAGGGGCCCCAGCCCCAGGGCACGCGGCCCUGGCUGAGGCCGAGGAGGGUACCUUCCCGGCCAGGACUUUCGUGGUUGGGGACACAGCGUCAGGGGGCUGCCCAGCAGGUGGAGACAGCGCGUCAGCAGGGAACCCGGCCCACGUGGUGGCCAGGCCAGCGGCCACAGACAGGGAGGACGCCGAGGACGAUGCUGAGGACGCUGAGGACUCCGAGUCCGACUUCUGGUCCUCCGACGGGGAGCUCAACGCCGACGACGCCAUCCUGCAGGAGCUGCUGGACGAGAGCCGGAACGUGUCGGUGACCGUGCGGGAGGACGGGCUGCUGGACACGGUGGCCAGGCCUGCGUCCCCACAGCGGUCCCGGCAGUACGUGAACCUGCCACGGGACGUGCUGCGGCAGCUGCUGCGCCAGGAGCCCGAGCUGCACCACAGGUGCACCUUCGUGCCGGAGACCUUCGAGCGGGCAACCGCGAUGCCGCUGGAGGACACGGGGCCCGGCCCCAUCCAGCUCCGCGGCCGCCUGCACUGUGGGAUGGCCUUCAGUGGUGACGAGGUGCUGGUGAAGGUCCUCGGCCGGGAGCGGGGCCCGGCCGGGCGGCCGCAGGGCCGCGUGCUGGGCGUGCUGAAGAGGCGGCGUCACGAACUGACGUUCGUGUGCCGCAUGGACGAGUGGGACCCGCGCAUCAUGACCCCCAUCGACGGCUCUGUGACCAAGAUCUUCGUGGCCGACCUGAAGGACCCGCUGCAGGUGCCUGUCCACCGCCUCCUGCAGGGCCGUGUGCAGCGGGUGGGGUUCGAGCCGCUCACAGCCCAGGCCCGGCGGCACCGGCUCUUCUGGGUGCGCAUCGUGGCCUGGCGAGAGCGCUUCUACUACCCGCUGGGCAUCGUGUUGGAGGUGCUGCCCGAGGCCACCACCUGGGAGCAGGGCCUCAGCAUCCUGGACCUGGAAUAUGGCCUCAAGGAGCCCUCGCCAGACCCAGCCGUGGUCUCCAAGGCCCUGCAGAGGUACAGCGCUGAGCUCGCUCGGGCGCCAGGCUCCCGUGAGGACUGCCGCAGCUUCCUGACCUUCACUGUGGACCCCCAGGGAGCCUGCAACCUGGACGACGCCCUCAGUGUGCAGGACCUGGGCUCCAGGUACGAGGUGGCUGUGCACAUCACCGACGUGGCCAGCUUCGUGCCCAGGGACACUCCGCUGGACGUGGAGGCCCGCAGACAGGGCAUCGCCUUCUAUGCCCCCAACCGGGUUCCGACGCCCAUGCUGCCCGCCGACCUGUGCCAGGACAUGCUCAGCCUCCUCCCGGGCCAGGACCGCUUUGCCAUCUCUCUCUUCCUCACCUUCGAGAAGGGCAGCGACCAGCUUAAGAGCCUGCGCUUCGCACCUUCGGUGAUCUGCUCCGACCGCCAGCUGUCCUACGAGGAGGCCGAGCAGGUGCUCCGGGCGCAGCAGGGGGCCGGCCGGGAGCUGCCCGCCCGCCUGGACUCCGUGGAGGCCUGCGUCCUGGUGGCGUGCCACUUCUCCCGGGCGCUGCGCCAGCGCCGUCUGGAGGCCUCCUGCCACUAUGAGCAGCUGGACGAGGACAGCACACUGGGCUUCCGGACGGCCCACACCAUGGUCAAAGAGUACAUGAUCCAGUUCAACAGCCGGGUGGCCGAGUUCCUGGUGGGCUGUGAGCACACCCGGACGGUCACGCCGCUGCGGUGCCAGCCAACGCCCAGCGGCCCCCAGCUCGAAGCGGUGAGCGAGAAGCACGGAGAGGUGGUGCCGCUGUCCCUUCACCUGAGACACCACCUGCGGGGCCACAGCACGCCCGGCGCACAGCUCCACCUGCUGGCUGCCCUCUGGAGGCACGUCCUGCUGGCCGCCCACACCCAGGACGUCGACCUGCUGGUAGACCUCAUCACCACGGACGACAUGCACCCCUCACUGGCUGCUGCAGGCCUGGACUUCCGCAAGGCCCUGGGCCGCUCUGCGUUUGGCCGCUCCAGCCAGGGUGAGCAGAACCCAACCGGCCACUACUCGCUGCAGGUGGAGUGGUACACCUGGGCCACCUCGCCCAUCCGCAGGUACCUGGACGUGGUUCUGCAGCGGCAGAUCCUUCUGGCCCUAGGCCAGGGGGGCUCCACCUACUCCGCCAGGGACAUCAACAGGCUCUGCCAGGACUUCAGCCGCCAGCACGCCCGUGCUCAGAGCUAUCAGCGCCGGGCCUACAGCCUGCACCUGGCCACUCGGCUCAAGGCCCAGCCGUGCCAGAAGCUGGGCUUCGUGCUGGAGGUGGAGCCGGGCGCCCGCUGCUUCAGACUGCUCUUCCCAGUGAACCGGGAGACCCUGCCCGACCCCUGCCCCGUCUACUACCGCGCGCUGCAGCUGGCCGAGCACCCCAGCAACCUGGAGAGCCGGCCGGGCCUGCGGCUCAAGUGGCGCCGCCGUGUGUACUCGGUGCGGGACAGGCCGUGCGCCCCACUGCCCGGCGCCCUGCUGGACCCGCACACCUGGCCCGUGGACUCCGCCCUGUGGCAGCAGCUGCUGGAGUUGGUGGAGGAGCAGCGGUGGCCGGAGGCGGCCGCCCUUGUGCGGCAGCAGGACACCGAGAAGCUGCCGCAGCGGGCGCUGGGCCAGGUGGCACACAGCCGCUGCGGCCACUUCGUGGAGGCGGCCCGGGAGCUGAGCAGCGGGGACACGCUGCAGGUGCAGCUCAGCGCCACGCUGCAGCGGGGGGUCCUGGCGCCCUUCCUGCAGCUGUGGGUCGUGGCUCCCGGCCUCAGCCUGUGCCUGGAGCACGUGGAGCGGCCAGGCGACUGCUUCUCAGGCCACGUGCCCCGGGCCGGGCGGGACCAGUGCCGCAGCCUGGAGGACUACUGCCGCGUGUGGGAGCCCUUCUGCUCCCUGGAGUCGGCCACCAGCGCGGUGGCCGAGAGCGACGCCGUCACCCUGCAGCAGGUGCACGUAGCCUGGGACGCGGAGCGGCCGGAGCAGGGGCCGCUGCAGGGCAGAUUCUGCCUGGACGCUGCCUUCCUGCGGGAGCACAGCAUUGACAUCGGCUUCGGCCAGUGCUACCUCUGCAUCCGGCUCGAGGGGCUUCGGGCCGCACCCCCCGCCGUCCCGCUGCACGAGCCGGGCAGUCUGGUCCCUGCCCUGAGCAUCGACCCCGACACCUACACCUGGGUGGCCCACGGGCUGACGGAGGACCCCAAUGCAGACGGCCAGGCCGACCAGCAGGAGGCCACCAGGCAGGUGCGCUUCUUCGUCCACCACAUGGCCAUGGAGAAGGUUCCGGAAGAGGUGCUGCGGCCCGGCACCCUGUUCACCGUCGAGGUGCUACCGAAGCAGCUUCCUGACCUCCGCAAGGAGGAAGCUGUGCGCAGGCUGAAGGACGCAUCCCAGCUGGUCAUCAGCAUCGCCCUGGGCCACCCCAUCCCCCUGCCCCGCCCCCCUCCCCACCACCUUCCUGGCCGCCACCCUCCCCACCACCUUCCUGGCCGCCACCCUCCCCACCACCUUCCUGGCCGGCAGCCCCUCCGCAGAGGGACCCCCAGCAGGUUCCUGGGGCAGCAGACCUUUGACAUCCCUAGAGGCCGACACCAGCUGAACCCCAGCCAGAACGGGGCGGUCAGAGAGGCCCUGCAGAAGCCGUUCACCGUGAUUCAGGGCCCGCCAGGCACGGGGAAGACGGUGGUGGGCUUCCACAUCGUCUUCUGGUUCCACAAGUCAAACCAGGAGCUCGCGCCAGCCUGCGGCACCCCCGCCGGGAAGGAGCAGCUGGGGGGCCCCUGCAUCUUGUACUGUGGCCCCUCCAACAAGUCGGUGGACGUGCUGGCAGGAAUGCUCCUGAGCUGGAAAGCCGAGCUGAAGCCCCUGCGCGUGUACGGGGAGCAGGCGGAGGCCACCGAGUUCCCGAUGCCGGGUGUGAGCAGCAGAGGCCCGAGCAGGAGGAGCUCCCGGGAGGGGAGGCCCAAUCAGACCCUCAGGGCCAUCACCCUGCACCACCGGAUCCGGCAGCCCUCCAACCCCUUCGCGCCCAGCAUCAAGGCCUUUGACGCCCGGCUGCAGAAAGGGGAGAUUUUCUCUGAGGAGGAUCUCGCCAAGUACAGGAAGGUGCUGGGGAAGGCACGGAAGUUCGAGCUGGACCGCCACAGGGUCAUCCUGUGCACCUGCUCGUGCGCGGCCUCGGCCAGCCUCAAGAGCCUGGACGUCCGGCAGAUCCUGGUGGACGAGGCGGGCAUGGCCACGGAGCCCGAGACCCUCAUCCCCCUCGUGAACUUCUGUCGGGCCGAGAAGGUGGUGCUUCUUGGGGACCACAAGCAGCUGCGGCCUGUGGUCAAGAACGAGCAGCUGCAAAACUUGGGGCUGGACCGGUCGCUCUUCGAGAGGUACCGCAGAGACGCCCACAUGCUGGACACGCAGUACCGCAUGCACGAGGGCAUCUGCAGCUUCCCGUCCAUGGAGUUCUACCAGGAGAGGCUGAAGACCUGGCAGGGCCUGCGGCGGCCACCCAGCGUCCUGGGCCAUGCCGGCAGGGAGAGCUGCCCUGUCAUCUUUGGCCACGUGCAGGGCCAUGAGCAGAGCCUGCUGGUGUCCACAGAUGAGGGGAACGAGAACUCCAAGGCCAACCUGGAGGAGGUGAAACAUGUGGUUCGCAUCGCCAAACAGCUGACCCUGGACAGGACAGUGGACCCCAAGGACAUCGCCAUCCUCACGCCCUACAACGCACAGGCUGCGGAGAUCAGCAAGGGCCUGGCGCAGCGGGGUGUCACGGGAGUGACGGUGUGCUCCAUCACCAAGAGCCAGGGGAGCGAGUGGCGCUAUGUGCUGGUGAGCACCGUGCGGUCCUGCCCUGAGAGCGACCUGGACCAGCGGCCAACCAAGAGCUGGCUGAAGAGGUUCCUGGGCUUUGUUGUGGACCCCAACCAAGUGAAUGUAGCCCUCACCCGGGCCCAGGAGGGGCUCUGCCUUGUUGGAGACCACCACCUGCUGCGAUGCUGCCCCCUGUGGUGCCGGCUCCUGGACUUCUGCGAGGCCCAGCGGAGCCUGGUGCCUGCCGAGCAGGUGCAGGUCCAGCGGAGGCCGGCCGUGUUUCCCUGAAGAGCCCACCUCAGCCACGCACUGCCCUCAGCUGCCAGGACAAACCCCGCUCAGCGGAAUCCCAUGUGCCUUCAGAGCCACUGCCCGCCACCCACACCCAGCUGCCUGGGUCUCAGAGGUUGGCCAUGCCCAUUCCGCACCUCCUGGAGUCGUGGCUUGUCCCCGGUGGGGAGCACGGUGGGAGGAAGGAGGGUCGAUGCCCAUCCUCCCUGUGGUGACAGGAGCAUCUCAGGGGUGGGCGUGGGACCCCAGACUGACAUGAUACUUGGUGUCUCACUGGGAAGGUUCGGGGUCAGGAAGGAAACCCCAGCUCUUUGGUCUGUGGAUGUCACCCCAGCCACUCUGGGUGCUGGCCGUGAAGCUCAGCUUUAUUUUUAAUUUUUAAAAAGACCAAAAGCAGAGCAGGGUCCUCAGCCCGAACCCCGUGUACCUCAGCCCCGUGUCCCUCAAGGGCCACCUCUCUUCGACCUCCCGCCCGGAGCAGUGGGGUCUGCGGUGCUCCCGAGGGCUGCUGGGGGGCUGCCAUCCCCGUGGCCCCGAUGGGCUCUGUGUGCUCCAGCCAGAGCCCCGCCCCCCCUUGGCCCGGGCCUCGGGACCUCGGGCACUUGCAUCCUGCAUUCUCUGGAAGCCCCUCCCCUCCCCAGCUGCCCAGCCCAGCCCACCCCCAAGCGAGGCGUCUCUGACCCUGGGUCUCAGUGCAAUUUCCUGUGGUCCCCGCGGGCUGGGGGACAAUGCACAGCAUUGUUUACAGCAGGAGGGACCCCCGUGGCCUCGCCGCGGGGCCCGGGGAAUGUGUCUGUGUGUCUGUUUUCUACAAAUCCAAUUUCUACAUUCCAAUUUUGUAUCUUUUCUUAGACUCUAUGAUUGCACAUUAAUUUUAUUAUA